AAGGUGCCAAGGAUCGCUCCUCCUCGCUUCCUGAACCAGUGUGACAGUGCGGGUCAAUAACAGGGCACCGUGAUCAUUUCACAGAUGAUAGCCGCUGUUGAAGUGAGCCUCAGUAAACUUAAGGGGAACUUUGCCAUGCGUGGGCUUAAUGCACCUUGAAGAGGAACAUGGGAGAUAACAAUGAUCGAGGCCAGAAUACCCGCAAAAGAAGGACUACAAUAUCUGGGGCAGGGGUGGCAACUUUGAAACGAGGGCAUGGGAACAAGUCCGGUGCGUGUGAAAGCAUCGCCGCCAACCACAGCAGUGCCAGUAAGGAGGACAAGGUGCGAGGAUCGCCCCCGACAUCGCGGAAGGACAAGGGAAAGCAUGAAGACUCAGGUGAUAAGCUCAGUUGCCACCGGGUUCAGGAGUCCCUACUCAGCUCGGCCAGUGGCUACAGCAACUAUCGGGGCAUCCUGAACUGGUGCGUCGUCAUGCUGAUUCUAAGCAACGCCCGGCUCUUCCUGGAGAACCUCAUUAAGUAUGGCAUCCUGGUGGAUCCCAUUCAGGUGGUUUCUCUGUUCCUCGAGGACCCGUACAGCUGGCCUGCGCCGUGCCUCGUCAUCGUGUCGAACAUCUUCAUCAUGGCCGCUCUCUACACGGAGAGGAGACUCUCAGUGGGCAUGUUUGGGGAGCGAAUGGGUGCCUUCCUGUACCUGCUCAACCUCUCCGCCAUCCUCUGCUUCCCGGUGGCCACUGUCCUGACUGUCGGCUCCUUGACACCAGUGGGUGGGGUCUUUGUGCUCGCCGUCUACACCAUCAUCUUCCUGAAGCUCUACUCCUACAAGGACGUCAACAGGUGGUGCCGAGAGAUCAGCCAUGCCAAGGCCCGGUCCCUUUCCCGCUCUCAUUCCUGCCCGUCGGUGCCCCGUGCUAAUGGGACGGCAGCACACGCCCAAGUUUCGUACCCAGGGAACCUCACGCACCGGGAUAUGUACUAUUUCAUUUUCGCCCCGACCCUCUGCUAUGAGCUCAACUUCCCGCGGUCCCCACGGAUACGCAAACGCUUCCUGCUCAGAAGGCUUUUCGAGAUGGUUUUCCUCAUGCAGCUGCUGGUGGGAUUGAUCCAGCAGUGGAUGGUGCCAACCAUUCAGAACUCCAUGAAGCCUUUCCAGGAUAUGGACUUUUCCAGAAUAGUCGAACGCCUGCUGAAACUCGCGGUGCCAAAUCACUUCAUUUGGUUGAUCUUUUUCUACUGGUUUUUCCACUCCUCCAUGAACUUUGUAGCUGAGCUCAUGCAGUUUGGGGACAGGGAGUUUUACAGAGACUGGUGGAACUCUGAGACGGUCACAUACUUCUGGGCGAACUGGAAUAUUCCGGUACACAAGUGGUGUCUCCGGCACUUUUACAAGCCUAUGCUGAGGAAAGGAGUCCAGAAGUGGGUCGCCCAGACUGCUGUCUUCCUGGUUUCAGCCUUCUUUCACGAGUACCUGGUGAGCGUUCCCCUGAAGAUGUUCCGCCUGUGGGCUUUCAUGGGCAUGAUGGCGCAGAUUCCCCUAGCCUGGUUCGUGGGCCGAUUUCUUCGAGGAAACUACGGCAACGCGGCGGUGUGGAUCUCGCUGAUCAUUGGCCAGCCCAUCGCCGUGCUCAUGUACGUUCAUGACUAUUACGUACUGCACUUCCAGGAGUCGCCAGUAGAGGGGGUAGACUGAGGCUGUUUUUUUUCUGUAAUAACAACCAAUAUAAAUGUAUUUUAUUUUUGAGAACGUUGUAUGUAAGUGUUAUAUAGAUAAAGAGAAUUUUGUGGCUAAUGAAUGGGGGGAUUAAGGUUAAGUUCCUUGCCCUCGGUUGAACCGCCCCAACCUUGCACUCAGCGAUUUGAGCUCCAUAACAAUCACGUGCCAUCAUGCACCAACGCAGCUACGUCGGAGUUCAAUAUUUUUAAAUUGCAUUUCUAUUAUUUACUUGAAAUUUUUGUUUUUUUAAUGCACAUACUGACAUGGGAUACUGGAUCCACCCAUUUCCAUUAUUCUGGUCAUUUUAAAAUGUUUCUUUUUAUAUUGUGGCACCAUUAAUUGUCACUUUUUGCGAUUGCAGACUCGUUUAAUGCCAUGGAUGAUGUUAGUGGUAUACGCGAAAGGCUAGGGUUGAUUAUUUUUAUUUACAGAAAUUUAAUCGCAGUGCACUUUUAUGCAAGCUUGGGUUUGCGGAACAUUGCAGCGUGGGUUAGCACGUUUUAACUACCCGUAGGGUACGUCGUGUAUAAUUAAAGUGAUUUUUGCCUGAUAGAUGUUGGGGUAUUAAAUUUGUAUUUGUCUGAUUAAAUUCCUUUCCUGGAGCUGUUCGCUUUACAGCGAUUUUAAAGCACUCGCUAACUGACCUGACGAUGAACAGUUUCCCUUUUCCGUGCCAUUGCAAAACGUUUUUAUUCCGUGUUUGUAUAUAUCUCCUUGAGUAAAGAAUUAUAAAAAUGCAUAUUAAUGUAAGUGAAAUUCUAUUUUUAAUAAGCGAUCCAAAUUAGUAAACACCUGUAACGGAUAUUCAGAGACCAACCAUGGUAUUAAUCUUUGCCUGCAUAUGCUGGAAAUGUGAACCUUUUCUGAGCCGUACGGUUAAGCUGUAUUUGUGUCAAAGUUCCGAUUCGUUUCCUGUUGCUGAAAAGCCAUCCUGUUUUUUUAUCAUUUGUUUUGAAUGCAUUUCAAUAAGAGCUGUAAUUGGGCUCUUACUAGCUUUAAUUUUAACCAAACAACACAUUUUGAAAAUCCGUUAUUUUAGAAACAUUAUUACUUUCGGAUACUUUCAUGGGGGUGACAUUGAUGUAAUUUUGUUAUUGUGGUCGUUGGAAGUGGAUGCAACUUUUGCAGUUAGCUGUAAGAUCGUGUCAUACUUUACCUGUCAGUACAUUAUAUAUAUAUAUAUUGGUUAAGUCUGACUCCCCCCCCCCCCCCAAACUUGGAACAUAGCAUUGGACUCUGCCUUUGCAAACCUUGAUGUCCUGUCGGCCUUAAUUUUGAGUACUUCUUAAAACGUAAUAACUCGAUCCGUCCACGUACAAAUAUGAUUUAUGGUUUUUGUUUCCAGCUAAGAUUUGGGUUUUUGGUGUGUUCGGAAAAAUGAGUCUCAACAGAUGCUUUUAAAUAACAGGGCCAACCUGUUAUUGUGAAACUAGCCAAUUUUUAAAGAGAUGUUUGUACUUGUUCUUUUCUUGCCCCAAAAUCUCAAUGUUUGUGGCUCCCAGUUUGGUAGCUACUAUACUUGUGAAAUAAAAUCCUUCCUGUGGAAUCUGA